AUGGCAACACUUAUUAAACGUAAUGUUCGAGGAACAUCAUCAAAUUCUGGUGGAGCAUAUAGUGAUUCAGCAAGUAAUAAUACAUAUCAAUCCAAUCAAAAUGAUCGUGAUGAUCGAGAUAAAGAUGAUGAACGUGAUUCUGAUGAUGAUAAAGAAACACGUCUUACACUUAUGGAAGAAGUUCUAUUACUUGGUCUAAAAGAUCGAGAAGGUUAUACAUCAUUCUGGAAUGAUUGUAUAUCAUCUGGUUUACGUGGUUGUAUUUUAACUGAAUUAGGUUUUCGUGGUCGUGUUGAACUUGAAAAAACUGGUGCACGUCGUCGUACAUUAGCUAAUCGUAAAGUUAUAUUACUUGAUGAUACAACUACAGGAGAUGUUCUACUUGAUGAAGCAUUACGACAUAUUAAAGAAACACAACCAACUGAAACUGUACAAAGUUGGAUUGAAUAUCUUAGUGGUGAAUGUUGGAAUCCAUUAAAAUUAAAAUAUCAAUUACGUAAUGUUCGUGAACGUUUAGCAAAAAGUCUUGUUGAUAAAGGAAUAUGUAGUACUGAAAAACAAAAUUUUUUCUUAUUUGAUAUGACAACACAUCCACUUAGUGACAGUAUACAUAAAAUGAAAUUGAUAAAAAAAGUUCAAGAUAGUGUAUUAACACGAUGGCCAAAUGAUCCACGUCGUAUGGAUAGACGUAUAUUAGCAUUAAUCUAUUUAGCACAUGCAAGUGAUGUUCUUGAAAAUGCAUUCACAUCAUUAUCAGAUGAUGAUUAUGAAGUAGCUAUGAAACAUGUACGUGAAUUACUUGAUCUUGAUCCUGAUCAAGAAACAAGUAAAUAUGAUACUAAAAUGGAAAUUAUGUGGGCUGUUAUAGCAGCAUUCAAUAAAUAA